AUGAGUGACAUUGGUUGGAAUACUAUAGAUUCCGAUGCAGGCGUUUUUACUGAAUUAGUCGAAAAAUUAAAGGUUGAAGAUACCCAGUUUGAUGAGCUUUAUUCUUUUGACUAUGAUACGUUGAAGCAAGUGCAACCUAUUCGAGGAGUGAUUUUUUUGUUCAAGUACAGCAAAGUAGACGAUGAUUAUGCAAAGAAUAAUAAUGCGCCCUUAGAUGGCGAAUAUGAUCCUGAUUAUCAGGAUCAUGGCAUUUUCUUUGCGAACCAAACCAUUCAAAACGCAUGUGGAACACAGGGAGUAUUAAAUAUAUUAUUAAAUAUAGACGAUAAAAUAGAUAUUGGUGAAGAGCUCAAGAACUUCAAACUGUUUGUGGCCGGUUUUGACGGAAUGAUGGCUGGUGAGACAAUUUCAAAUAGUGAAAUGAUAAGGCAAGUUCACAAUUCAUUCUCUUCGCCAUCUCCCUUCGUUGAUGAAGAUAAACCAAAUAGCCAGAAUAAUGACCGCAAGAAUGAUGGUUUGUUUCAUUUUAUUAGCUACAUAAGGACCAACGGAUUCAUUUACGAGUUGGAUAGUCUUAAGACAUAUCCCAUAAAGAUUGAAGAAUGUAAUUCUGAUGAAGAGUUUAUCACAAAGCUACCACAAGUUAUUGGCAGAAGAAUAGAAAAGUAUGGUGGUGAAUUACGGUUCUCUUUGCUCGCGAUGACACACAAUAAAGCAAAGCAUUUUUCUGAGAUUGGAGACUAUAAUUCAUUCCAGAGAGAAAUGAUAAAAAGAGAAUCAUGGAAGAAAGAGAAUGAAUUGAGAAGACACGAUUAUGUUGGAUUCCUUGUAGAGCUUCUAAAGAACAUCAGUAAAGAUAUGGAUGAUGAAAAAUGGGAGAACAUAUUAGACUCUGCGAGAAAGAAUGAACAACAAAAUUUAUUAAAAAGGUUUAGUAAGAGUAAAGGUUUAGAUAUAUACCCAAAGAAGUCCUGA